AUGACACAGCCCAGAGCCGUCAUUUUUGACCUCCUGACUGGCUUGUUGGACAGUUGGGCCGUCUGGGACGCUGUCAUCCCAGAAUCUGAACGACACAUCACAGACGGCACAACAUGGCGCAAGCGCUACUUAGAGCUCGCGUUUGCAUGUGGAAGCUACAAACCAUACGAAAGUCUCGUCGAACAAGGCGCUACCGACGUCGGGCUCUCAAAGGCAGCCCCCGAGGCUCUAUUCCAGCGUUAUCUCGAAAUCGAGCCCUGGCCAGAAGUACCAGAAGUCCUUGUUCAGUUGAAGAGGCAAGGUAUGAAGCUAGGAGUUGCCACGAACAUCUCGGAUGAGCUCGGACGACGCGUCGUGAAGAACACGGAGAGGUUCGUGAGAGAGAAGACCGGAUCCGAGGAUUUCGCCUUUGAUGCGGUCGUGACGGCAGAGGAAAGUGGCAACUACAAGCCCAAACCACAACCGUAUAGGGACGUGCUCGAGAAGUUGGAUCUGAUCCCGGAGCAAGCCUUGUUUCUGGCUGGCAGCCCUACCGAUAUACAAGGAGCUGCCGGGGUUGGGAUGAGGGUGUGCUGGAACAAUCACAUCGGACUGGUGAAGAAGCAUGAUGUUGAGCCUUUGCGGGAAGGCCGAGAUCUUCGUGAAGCUUUGCAAGACUUCCUUGUCUCGUCGAGCUAUGCUGCCCCCGAAAACCAAAGGUGA